AUGGCCGUCAAAAUAUUCCUGCAAGUACUCCCGUUGUCUACACUGAGCCGAGCUGAUCCUGACGACUUGCCUGACAGGACCGGUGCUACGGGGUACAUUGGAGGGACCGCCCUCGAUUGCAUCGUCAAGGCACAUCCCGAGCACGAGUACACGCUGCUGGUCCGCGACGAGCAGCGCGCAGCGCCUAUCAAAGCCAAGUAUCCCAACGUCAAGUUUGCCUACGGACGGCUCGAGGAUGCGACCGUGCUGGAAAAGGCGGCGGCCGAAGCCGACGUCGUUGUCCACACGGCCGACUCCUCGGACAAUCUUGCCGGGGCCGUGGCCAUUGCCAAGGGUCUCAAGGACGGCCAUAGUGCCGACAGACCUGGCUACUGGAUCCAUACAUCCGGGACGGCGAUUCUGACGUGGUACGACACCGAGCAGCAGCGCCAAGGUGAUGCCCCGCUGCCGGAGCAAAAGUAUCGCGACGUCGACGACAUUGAUCGCAUCGUCGACCUGCCCGACACAGCCCCCCACCGCAAUAUCGACAAGGUGGUACUGGCCGCCAACUCGGACGCCGUCCGCAUCGCCGUCGUCUGCCCUCCCACCAUCUACGGACCGGGCACGGGCGCCGUCAACACGCGCAGCAUCCAGGUUCCGGACCUGGUCAAGGCCACUCUGAGCAAGGGUUUUGCGCCCAUCGUCGGCGAGGGCAAGACGGAGUGGGACCACGUCCAUGUGCAGGAUCUGGGCGACCUGUUUGUCAAGCUGGUCGAGGCAUCGCAAGAUGCGUCCCGGCGCGAGAAUCCCGAUGUCUUCGGCCCGCGCGCCUACUUUUUCGCCGAGAACGGGACGCACUCGUGGGCCGACGUGGCGCACUGGAUCGCCGAGGCGGCAAGUCGGCAGGGCUAUCUGCCCGAGGGCUUGACCAAAUUCGUGUCAGUAAAGGAGAUACAGCUGAUGCCAGAGGGCAACCCGACGUGGGGAUUGAACUCAAAGGGCGUGUCGCAGAGGGCAGCAAAAUAUCUCGGCUGGCAGCCCAAGGGGGCGCCGCUCAAAGACAUGAUUAGUGAGCUGGUGGCCCAGGAGGCAAAGGAUUCGGGCUUGACGCCGAAGGAGAAGAAGGGCUGA